AGGGGAAGUUAGAGAGAAUCGUGAGAAUCAGCAGAAAUCUCAGAGCUGAAGACACUGAAGUUAAUGAGAUGAACAGAGAGAUGCUUUACGCGGCGCUGAUCGUCCUCCUGCUGCCCGUCAGCACCCAGGGUGGAGUAGACAAGGUUCCUCUCAUCACAGUAAUCGUAGAGGAAGAGGGGAAGGACAUCCUUCUUGACUGCUUACCCACAAUCCCCGGCGCUACAAACUACACACUGCGCAUGGCUAACGGAGCUGCUCCUCCUCCUGACCUGAAAUUUACAGUCCAUCCCAAAGGACAGAUUGAGAUCCGAGCCCCGACGCCCCACCACAGUGGAGACUACAUCUGCAAGGCGCGAGUCAACGCCACAUGGACAGAUUCCUCAGUGUUCCAGAUCGAAAUCAAGAGAAAAGUGCUCAUGGCACCAGCCGUGUCCGUGGAGGUGGACGAGUGCGCCCGAAUCGUCGGGGAGAAACUGGAGCUCACCUGUAACGUUUCCAACCCUGACCACAGAUUCGUGCUCAAGUGGCAACACUCCAGCAGUCAGGUGCUUCAUGUUAAUAAGCAGGUUGGGGGGGCGGAUCCCAGCACAGUCCAGGUGAUGAGUGUGCUCACUUUCCUCCAUGUGAACAAGUCUCAUGCUGGUAAUCUGACCUGUAUCGUCUCAAACAAAGUGGGCUCAAACACCGCCACCGUCUCGCUCCGAAUCGCAGAGGAGCCGUUCUUGUCUCUGACGCCGCUGAAGCCGAGUGGUUUAAACCCUAGAGUGGAGCUGAUGGAGGGGGCGACGUUGGAGCUGAGGGUGGAAGUUGACGCGUAUCCCAACAUCCAGGGCAGGAGAUGGAGCACACCGCGCGUUAUAAACACCCCCACCUGUACGGAGACGCUCACCACCGUCUACAGGAGUUACAGACAAGUCGCUUCUCUGUUCAUGAAGGAGAUCAGAGCUAAUGAGAGUGGCUGGUACAGCUUUAAUGCCUGGAGUGCCAAUAUUAAUGCCACAACUCGCUUUAAAGUUCAUGUCUACCAGAAGCCGAGUGUGGUGAUUGAAUGGGGGAACGGUUCUUUAACCUGUCUGGCUUCUGGUUAUCCGGCACCGAGCGUGUCCUGGCAGCAGUGUGAGAAACUUCACAGCACACACGACGGCUGUGGCAGAAACACAUCAUCCGUGCAGUUACAGGUUGAACAACACACACUGCCGCAGCAGGAGGAGUUCCAUCCUCACACGGUACAGAGUGUGUUACUGCUGUCUCAGCUCAACGACACCACGGCUGAGUGUGUAGCCGAGAACACGGCUGGCGUCGGGCGGAGCACCAUCAGCUUACCUCCCCUGCUGUAUGUUUCCAAACCUGCACCGGAGCACUGGACAUCCCAGAUGUUCCUUAUCCUCAUCACAGCAACCUCGAUUACAGCCACACUGCUCUUCAUUGUGUUAGGGGUUUGUGUCUACAGGUGUAAACAGACGCUGAAAUAUGAGAUCCGAUGGAAGAUCAUUGAGGUGAGUGAUGGGAAUAACUACACCUACAUCGACCCCACUCAGCUUCCCUACAACCCCAGGUGGGAGUUUCCCCGGGACAGACUGACAUUCGGUCAGGUUCUGGGCUCUGGGGCGUUCGGGAAGGUGGUGGAAGCGACAGCGUUGGGUCUGGAGACGAACAAUCACGUCACUCAGGUGGCAGUGAAAAUGCUGAAGUCCAGCGCUCUCUCAGAGGAGAAAGAAGCUCUGAUGUGUGAGUUGAAGAUUUUGAGUCACCUCGGCUCUCACACCAACAUCGUCAACCUGCUGGGAGCCUGCACACACGGCGGUCCAGUGUUGUUAAUAACGGAGUUCUGCAGUCAUGGUGAUCUGCUCAACUUCCUGCGCAGGAAAGCGCCGUCGUUUAUUAGCUCACUGUUUCACACACAUGAGUUUUCAGACUCUCAGGUCUACAGGAACCUGCUGGAGCUUCAGAACCACGAGGGACGUGAGGAUAUUAACAGCAGUUACAUGGACAUGCAGCCAGGUCAAAGGUCACGAGACUGUAGACAGGGAGAGAAGAGAGGAGGAGGGGGAGGAGGGGGAGGAGGGGGAGGCCAGAGCGACCCGUCAGCACUCAGCAUCCUUCACCUACUGAGAUUCUCCGCUCACGUGGCUCAGGGCAUGGACUUCCUCGCAUCCAAGAAUUGUAUCCACAGAGAUGUUGCCGCUAGAAACGUCCUGCUGUCCGACUCCCUGGUGGCUAAGAUCUGUGAUUUCGGUCUGGCGCGUGACAUCAUGAACGACUCGAACUACGUAGUGAGAGGAAACGCGCGCCUGCCGGUCAAGUGGAUGUCCCCGGAGAGCAUAUUCGAGUGUCUGUACACGGUGCAGAGCGACGUUUGGUCGUACGGGAUUCUGCUCUGGGAGAUCUUCUCUCUCGGGAGGAGUCCAUACCCAGACGUGCUGGUCGAUGCCCGUUUCUAUAAGAUGAUCCGCUGUGGGUAUCAGAUGUCACAGCCGGAUUUCGCUCCCGAUGAGAUGUAUAAAAUAAUGAGGAUGUGCUGGAGUCUGGAGCCGACCUCGAGACCGACCUUCAACCAAAUCUCACACAUCAUCAGAGCACUGCUGCCUGAUCACACAGAGCAGGAGCAGUAUAAGAACAUUCAGCAGGAACUGACUCAGAAACUCGAGACGAUGGCGUGUGUCACAAACAAAACCAACAACAAUCAACACAACAAAACUCCUGAUCAGGAGUGUUUACUCACACACUCCAAUAACUACCAGCUCUACUGACACACAGCGUCGUACGCAUACGCUUUCUGUGUGUUACUGUUAGCAUUCAACGGUACACUUACAAAUAGCAUUAGCAUUAGCAUUCUAGCAAGUCAAGACAGAUUACAGUUAUGAUGAAUAAUGGAAGCAGUAAUACACACAGGUGUGUGUGUGUGUGUGUGUGUGUGUGUGUACAGUAAACCUGCAAACAGGGAGGCUUCAAAUGUUUUACAACCUGAAACAAAUAUUACAUUUAUAAACUUUGAUGAAACUCUUAAGCCCUAUUCGGACGGGACUAGUUUUCCAAUUGACGUUUAAGAUUUUUUUUUUUUUUUUUUCAGGCGACGUCUGUCAUUUUAUGUAUGCACUCGGACGGGACUAAGAUCUCUGUGUUUAUUACGGAGGUAGGAGUGUCUGUGUUUUACAUGUGGGCGUUGCACAAAACCACAUGUCCAUGAUGCGUGGAUUGCGUAUGGUCAUUGGUGCGCAAACUUGAAUACCGGCGUGCUAGAGAUAGUACUGUAGGUCACGUUGACCGAAAUCAAACAAAGAAAACAUGUUUUAGAAAAAUCAUUUCCGCCAAUCACAGACAUUCGCAUUCGGACGGGAUUAGAUUUCUCAAAGGACCUCCGAGUUUACUGAAAAACAGUAAGUAAUUUACUCUGGAAUGUUCACUAAGGUCGUGUGAGAGAAAGACAGACAUGCCAGAUUCAGACGGGAUUAAAAUCACAAAGUACGUCUGGGACACAGAAAUUUCUCUAACGACCCCCUGUAUAACUAGUCCUGUCCGAAUAGGGCUUUACACACACAUUCUGAUUACAAUCUAUUCAUAUCCGAGUGAUCUCUCUCUUUCUCUCU